AUGGGCGACGAAAAGGUUCAGUAUGAGCAUUUGCCCAUCCCGACCUACGAAGAGGCCACUUCGUCCCGACCGGGCUCCUCGCACCUGGGACCAGAACAUUCCAGCGAUGAUUUAGAGAGGCAGGGCCUCCUCCAACAUGGCAGCUCCAGCGAUAACAGGCCGACUCGCAAUGGAGGCUACCAACCGCCGACCGUGGAAUCUGCGCGCUCGAGUAUUGAUUAUCUGGCCUCGUCGGCUGAAAACACUCCGCGCGAAUCGAUGGAGGAGCUACGACGGGAGCUACAUGAAAUGGACGUGGACGAUUCCGGUCAAUCAUCGUCUCAGUCUACUCGACCGCCGCUGCGCCAUCGCUUUUCAAAACAAUUUUCUAGUCUAACCAAAACAUUGUCAUACAUACAGUUUCCGUUUCGAAAUAUGUUCCCGCGAUUACGAUUCCGAUAUGACUUUUGGCGAAUACCAGUAAACGAAGAUGGACAAGGCUGUAUAAUUAUUCUUCGUGUUGUCGGUCUUCUGCUUGUCGUCUUGAUAAUAUAUAUCUUCUUUGUGUCCGAUUUAUUCACGAUGGGCUCUCGCUUGAGCGUCGGCCAGUCCUACACUCCAUCUUCCGUGGAAAACUUCGUCCAGAGCCAUAUCAAUCAAACGAAUAUCGCCGAAAACCUGGACAAGGUGACGCAAUAUGCACAUAUUGCGGGAACUGAGGGAAGUUUCGUGCUAGCGGAGUGGAUCGAACAGGAAUUUGCCAGGGCCGGGUUGGAAGAAAUUGAAAUGGAAGAGUUUCAAGUGUACCUGAAUUAUCCACGGCCCGAUGGUCGUCGUGUUGCUAUAGUCGAUCCUCCGAACUUGGCAUGGCAAGCUGCUCUUGAUGAAGAUCAGGCAUACAAGGACCCACCGCGCCAGCAAACACUUGUUUUCCAUGGUCACUCCAAGUCCGGCAACGUUACUGGCCCGCUAGUAUACGCCAACUAUGGGUCUCGCGAAGACUUUCAAAGACUGGCUGAUAAUGGCGUGUCUUUGAACGGAUCAAUUGCCCUGGUACGAUACUACGGCACCCAAGGAGACCGAGCGCUCAAGGUCAAGGCUGCUGAACUAGCCGGCGCUGCUGGGUGUAUCAUCUAUUCUGACCCAGCCGAAGACGGCUUUGUUCAGGGACCAGCCUAUCCAGAUGGUCGAUAUAUGCCGAAGGAUGGUGUGCAGAGGGGAGCUGUUAGUCUUAUGUCCUGGGUAGUGGGUGAUGUCCUCUCACCAGGCUUUGCCUCAACCCCAGAUGAGAAGAAACGGUUGUCGCCAGGAGAAAGUUUAGGUCUAGUCCAGAUACCGAGUAUUCCAAUCGCCUGGCGCGACGCACAAAGAUUAUUGCAAGUCCUCAAAGGCCAUGGCUCAAAAGUGCCUGCGGAUUGGGUGGGUGGCGUCCCGGAUAUUCUAGAGUGGUGGACUGGUGAUCACUCAUCGCCAAAAGUCAACCUGAUGAACCUUCAGGACGAGGUUGAACGGCAACCGAUCUAUAACGUUAUUGGGAGGAUUACUGGUAUGGAACAGCCGGAAAAGAAGAUCGUUGUUGGUAACCACCGAGAUUCGUGGUGUUUUGGUGGCGUGGAUCCAGGAAGUGGUACUGCCACUUUCUUGGAAGUAGUACGUGUUUUUGGAGAGUUACGGAGCCUCGGAUGGCGUCCUCUCCGAACCAUCGAAUUUGCGAGCUGGGAUGGAGAAGAAUACAACCUCAUCGGAUCCACAGAACACGUUGAAAAUGAGAUUGAUAGUCUGCGAAAAGAUGGAUUUGCAUAUCUCAAUGUAGAUGUUGGCGUAAGCGGGGACUCUUUUGAAGCUUCUGGGUCGCCCCUCUUCCAACGCAUCCUCUAUCAAGUCAUGAACCGCAUAGGAGAUGGUGCGGCGAACAAAACACUCAAAGAAAUUUGGGAUGAUCAAGGCCAGAAUUUCGCUGCGUUAGGUGCUGGCAGUGAUUAUGUCGCAUUCCAAGACAUGGCAGGAACCUCUAGCAUCGACUUCGGUUUUAGCGGAGCGCCUUUCCCGUAUCAUAGCUGUUAUGAGAAUUUUGAAUGGAUGACUCGAUUUGGCGAUCCUGGUUUUGAACAUCACCGGAUGUUGGCUGAGUUCUGGGCAUUAUUGCUUUUGGAGCUUGUGGAUAGCCCUAUAUUACCCUUUGAUUUGAUAGCGUAUGCAACCGAUGUUGCAAAAUAUGUCGGCGACCUAGAGAAAUAUGCCAAAUCGAAAGGCGUUCCUCUCAAACCAGCGCCGCAGACACGACAGCGAGCCGAGACUGUGGAUCUGAAGCCGCUAUAUGAUGCGGCAGGAGUGUUCCAAACCAACGCAGCCGAGUUCCAAGCAUGGGAGCAGGCCUGGUAUACCACAGUGUACGGCUCAGGAGGAUUCGAGAGUAAUGUGCUAGGAGUACAACGUAUUAACCAUAACAACCGUAUAGCCGAUUUUGAGACGAAUCUUUUAGACCUGUCCGAGGGCGGCGGAGUUCCCAACCGCACACAAUUUAAACACGUUCUUUUUGCCCCUCAAACCUGGUCCGGUUACGACGAGGGCAACUUCCCUGCCAUUCGAGACGCCAUCGACACUGGAAAUUGGAACGCAACGCAGUCCUGGAUUAACCGAGUAGCGGAAAUAAUCACAGUAGCGAGCUUGAAUCUGAAUCGGUAA